UCUGCGCGGACACCUCAGCACGCAGUCGCAGGACCCCAGCCAACAUGGCGGCGCCCGACUUCUCGGCCGGGGAGUUUGAAAAGUGGCUGAAUGAGCGGCUGGACGGCCUCGGGGCGGACCGGGAGGUUUACGGAGCCUACAUCCUCGGUGUGCUGCAGGAGGAGGAGAGCGACGAGGAGAAAAGCGACGCGCUGAGCGGCAUCCUGUCCGCUUUUGUGGAUGAAGACACACUCAAAGAGGUUUGUGAGCAGAUACUGAAACAGUGGACUGACUGCUGCUCUCGGACCGCAGCCACCAGCAAUCAGCCAGAGGAUGAGGUUCAGGCCAUCGCCAGUCUUAUUGAGAAGCAGGCUCAGAUUGUGGUCAAGCAGAAGGAAGUGUCCGAGGAGGCCAAGAGGAGGAAAGAAGCGCUGCUCGCGCAGUACGCAAACGUGACGGACGAGGAAGAUGAAGUGGAGGACGAGGAGGAAGCGGCAGGAGCUGUGGGAAUCCCCAGCGACAAGUCCCUGUUUAAGAACACCAAUGUGGAGGACGUGAUGAACCGGCGCCGGCAGCAGCGUGAGCAGGCCAAGGAGGACGCGCAGAAGAAGAAGGAGCAGGACAAGAUGCAGCGUGAGAAGGAAAAGCUCACCAAGCAGGAGCGCAAAGACAGAGAGAAGAAGCGUACACAGAAGGGCGAGCGAAAGAGAUAGACGAGGAAAUCGAUUACGGACUAAAUAUGCUGAAGACGAGAGACAAGUGACACCUCUAUGGACUGUGUUCUGGUGGAACGUUUGGGGGUUUUUGUUUGUUUGCUUGUGUUUUUUUUUUUUUUCUUUUAAUAAACAGGGUUUCAGAUCUCAGCACCACUCCUUUAGCCCUUUGUACUGCUCACUGCGGUGUGUAUCCCUGCUGGAAAAGGCACACACGAGAACAUUUUGGCAUCUAUUAAAAGUGUAUUAAUGAUGUACAGGUGUGUUUUGGGAGACACUUUUAAACACUGCUGCUCUGCUCAGACUGUCUCCUAUUAGGUAACACACAGUUAUGGCAGAAUACAUGUUCUGUUAAACAUUUCAAACGGAUUUGUCUUUUUUUUUUUUUUUUUUCCCUUAAACAGAUGCCAAAAUGUCCUUCUGAGUGUAGCAUAGCUUGAGAAUGUAAUUAUGUAAUCCAUUUCUCAUGAACAUGUGACUACAGCUUACUGACUCUUUUCAUUUUUUCAGCCUAAUCUAGUGCGUCUGUCGUGUACGGAUGAUAAUAAUAACCUUGGACAAAAAAAAAUUCACCACAUUUUCCAGUUGAUUGAGUCUAAGGGCAGUCGAUGAAUUCUGCCAAUAAAAGCUACUCAUCGAGAUGAGACAGAUGUGAAAUAAAGUCUCGCAGAAGCUGUUCUUACGGAGUUCUGUUCAACUUUUCCAACACUGCAGCAAUACAGUAAAAAAGGAAAUCCUGAAAUCCUGUUACUUCUCUCUUUGUGGUUAUCCCUGCAUGAUCAGACUUACAGAACUUUUCUAAUUCAAUCUCUAAAGAGAUGUAGCUCUUAAUUAUAAGGAUUUUCAAGUUCUCUGUUUGUUUUUUCUCAGUACAUAGAAACAUGAUCCUAGAGAUGCAGUAGAUACGAUGUUUAGAAUUCCUUUAAGAGACAUUUGAAAUACACAUGAAGUGAGCGCAUAAAUUUAGUUUUUUACAUUAUUGCGUUUUGGGGCUUUGUGGAAAAAUAUUAGCCUUUUUUCUUUCAAACUUUAUGCUGCUCUUUAAGUACUUCUGUCAUAAAGCUCAUACACACGUGAUUAUGUUAAAGCUGUUCAUUGAGGAUAAUUGUCAUUCUUUAACAAUCUCACUGACACACACUGGUGGUCUUUGCUUUCAGUUAACAAGCCUUUAGGAAAUAACUUGAAACACUCUGCAAGCCUUCUUUUCAUGUAGCAAUACAGAGUUCACCAAAAACAUUACAUACAAAAAGGAUACAAGGGGACUUGAUAGGUUUUGUUGCUUCUCACAUGUAUUUUUGUUGUAAUAUUUAAUCACUCUGCUGUACCUUUCCAUUUCCUCAUGGCAGUCUACUCAGAACAACUUUUAUAUUCAUGACUUAUGAAAUUUACUGAGAUUUGUUUCAAGAAGACUUUGUAAUUUCAGGCAAAUAAAGGAACAUACUAGUGCUCUAAA